AUGGAGGUCGAGAUCAAGCUCCGCCUCCCCGACGCCGCGGCCCACCGCCGCCUCUCCUCCUUCCUCGCUCCCCGCCUCCGCCGCACCCACGACCAGCGGAACCUCUUCUUCGACGGCGCGGCGCGCACCCUCGCCGCCGGCACCGCCGCGCUCCGCAUCCGCUUCUUCGGCCCUGACGACCGCGCCCCCUCUCGCGCCGUCCUCGCCCUCAAGCGCCGGCCGCGCAUCGACGCCGGCGUCAGCCGCGUCGAGGAGGUCGAGGAGCCCCUCGACCCCGCGCUCGCCCUCGCGUGCGCUGACGACCCCGCGCGCCUUGGCGGGGUCAACUCCCCUAUCAUUCGGCUCGUCGCCAGCGAGUACGGCGUAGGCGGGAACGCCGCCCCGUUCGUCUGCCUCGGCGGGUUCCGGAACACUCGUGCCGUCUACGAGCUUGAGGAUGACGACGAGGGGCUCGGGCUCGUGUUGGAGCUUGACGAGAUGCGGUUCGACUUUGGGACAGGCUACGAGCUCGAGUGCGAGACGGCGGAGCCUAACCGGGCCAAGCAGGUGCUGGAGAGGUUGCUCACGGUGGCUGGCGUGCCGUAUCAGUACUCUCGGAGCAAUAAGUUCGCGUGCUUCAUGGCUGGGGAGUUGCUUCCUUGACUAGGCAUAUUUGCGUGGCUUGCUCUUGGUACGAUUAAACUGUGGUAAACAACUUGUGUGACAAUAACUCUUUGGUUAAGCAAAAUAAGUAUGGUUUCUUGAUUUGGUA